GCUCUUCCUCUUCGUCUUACUUCUCUCCGCUUCCAUCCUUUCUUGUUGCAGACCCUUCUUUUUUUUCCAUUUUUUAAUAAAAAAUACUUAACAGUCAUGGUAGUGGCUCCACCAAACCCGGUUCGAUCCGAAAAGCCGGAACCGAUCGAAUUACCGGUGAUAGACCUUUCAGCCGAUAGAUCAGAGGUGUCAAAGCUCAUCGUAAAAGCCUGCGAACAAUACGGGUUCUUCAAGGCGGUCCACCACGGUGUCUCCGACGAUGUUAUCGCCGCAAUGGAAGAAGAAGGUCUGGGCUUUUUCACGAAGCCGGUUUGCGAAAAGCAAAGGGCUGGACCGGCCGGUCCUUUCGGUUAUGGCAUUAAGAGCAUUGGUUUCAAUGGUGAUAGUGGAGAAGUUGAAUAUCUUCUUCUUCAUACCAACCCUUCUUCCAUUAGUCAGUUAUCACACACCAUCUCCGAUGACCCCAAAAAGUUCAGCUCCGCCGUGAGCGGCUACAUAGAAGCGGUUAAGCGAUUAGCAUGUGAAAUCUUGGAUCUGAUGGCAGAAGGAUUAGGGGUCCAUGAUCCAUCACUGUUAAGCAACAUGAUCAGGGACGUCGACAGCGACUCCAUGUUCAGGCUCAAUCGCUAUCCACCUUCCUCAUUCCACACACCACCUCCACCGCACCGCGCCACCACCGAAAUAGGGUUCGGGGAACACACCGACCCUCAGAUGUUGACCAUCCUCAGAUCAAACGACGUGGGUGGCCUACAGAUUUGUGUAGCCGGUGGGACCUGGGUCCCCGUCACCCCUGACCCUACUGCCUUCUGCAUCAACGUAGGUGAUGUUUUACAGGCAAUGACAAAUGGGAGGUUCAUGAGCGUAAGGCACAGAGCAUUGACCAAUGGGUUCAAGUAUAGAAUGUCAAUGGCAUAUUUUGGGGCGCCACCACCCCAUGCAUGGCUCAGUGUCCCACCAGAACUGGUCACACCCCAUAGGCCAUUGCUGUAUAGGCCCUUCAAUUGGGCUGAGUACAAGAAAGCUUCUUAUUCUCUUCGCCUUGGUGAUAGCCGCCUUCAACUUUUUCUCAAAUGAAAAAUAAAACUGUGUUCGGUUUGAGUUUAAGUCGCACUAAUCGUAUUAAGAAUUUGUCUUCUUUUCUUAUAAUUUAUCGACCAAUGUUUUCUUAUGCUGCAAUUUUGGCUUUAACCCUUGCAAUUUUUUCUUUUUUAAUUUAGAGGCAGAAAAAAAUGUUUUAUUAUAUACUUUGUUGUUACUUGUUACGGUUUAUGAGGAAGGGGAUAAUCAAAUAGAAAAAAAAUCUAGGUAUAAUUAUGGUUA